GUCGACUCUUCGUCCAUUAUCACUGUUCAAUCGCUUUUAUUUUGCGCUCUGAACUUGUCAGAGCUCGACGUUUCUUGUCUACGUGCGUUCUUGCAUUGACUCAACCUUUUCCGCUGUCAACUUUCGAUUUUCUGCGCAGUUUGACGUGCCCCGCUGUCGCCUCUGCCCCUCCUACCACCACAAUAAACAACUACUGAGCUCUUUUUCGACCUUUACUAUUCUUAAUUAACAACCAAUAUGUCCGCUGAACAGCCCACUGAAGCACCCCCGGCGGGUGGCUCCCUCACGGACCGCGUCUCGAAGCCCGAGGGCUCGGAGUCUGCAGCUCCUGCUGAAAAGACAGACUGGAGCGAAGACAUACCCCAGGACGAUGAUGUACCCCAGAACGAUGGAGCUGCAGAAGUACAGAAUGGUUCCAACCUCCAGGAGCCCGAAUACAACGUCGAAGUCAAACUUAGCGACCUCCAAGACGACCCUAAUAAUCCUCUAUUCUCCGUGAAGAACUUUGCCGACCUUGGAUUAGAUGACAACAUCCUCAAGGGUUUGUCCGCGAUGAAUUUCCGCAAACCAUCGAAGAUUCAAGAGAGAGCUCUCCCCUUGCUCUUGAGUAGCCCACCGAAGAACCUGGUCGGACAGUCGCAGUCGGGUACCGGAAAGACCGCCGCUUUUGUGUUGAACAUCCUCAGCCGCCUAGACCUCUCCUCGGAGCAGAUGCAAAAGACACCACAGGCCUUGAUCCUGGCCCCGACUCGUGAAUUGGCUCGUCAGAUCGUUGGUGUUGUUCAGGUUAUGGGACAAUUCCUUACGGGGCUUCUUAUUGGCACGGCCGUUCCUGCAGACUCCAACAGCCGUCCUACGAAGUUGGAAGCCUCUGUGGUCGUUGGCACACCGGGUACCGUUAUGGAUAUGGUCAAGAGACGUACUAUGGUUGCCGCUAAACUCAAAGUACUUGUUCUUGAUGAGGCCGAUAACAUGCUCGACCAGCAAGGUCUCGGUGACCAAUGUAUUCGUGUCAAGGGUCUGCUACCCCGAGACGUCCAGGUCGUUCUUUUCUCCGCAACAUUCCCUACCCACGUUCACCGAUAUGCAUCUAAAUUCGCGCCGUCGGCAAACGAGAUCACCCUGCAGCACGAGGAAUUGACCGUCGAGGGUAUCAAGCAACUUUACAUUGACUGCUCAAAUGACGAGGACAAAUACCAAACCCUUGUUAACCUGUACGGUCUUCUCACCGUUGGUUCUUCUAUUAUUUUCGUCAAGACCCGUGCUUCUGCUUCUGAAAUCGAGAAGCGCAUGAUCCAGGAAGGUCACAGUGUUGCAUCUUUGACUGGUGGUAUUGAGGGUUCGCAGCGUGACGCUGUCAUUGAUGAAUUCCGUUCCGGAAAGGCCAAGGUCCUGAUUACGACCAAUGUUCUUGCCAGAGGUAUUGACGUUUCUACCGUUUCCAUGGUCAUCAACUAUGAUAUCCCCGAAAUCUACCAGCCCGGCAACCAGGAGAAGCAGGCGGAUUACCAGACCUACCUGCACCGUAUCGGUCGUACGGGACGAUUCGGCCGUGUCGGUGUGUCGAUCUCGUUCGUGUCCAACCGCGAUGAGUGGAACAUGCUCAUGCAGAUUGGGAAAUACUUCAAUGUUGAUAUUCAACGACUCGACACGACCGAUUGGGACGAAGUGGAGGAGACUAUUAAGAAGACGAUCCGGAACCCGCGGUCCAACGCGACUUUUGGGAAGUGAGGAAUAGUAGCGACUUCAAAUAGAUUGGAUUAGCAAUUCCUGCUACAUGGCUAAUGCGUGAAGAGUUAUGAAAUGUUUAUGUUUAUCAGAUACCAAAAUGAGUAAAGAUUGCAUUUACGUGACUUGCCGGUCGCACCGCAUACUUAACCAUCCCGA